AGACUGCCCGUCUUUGUCAAGAACUUUAUUGCAAUUUCUCAAUAUGAUUUCUGAUGCUCCCUUACAAAAUGCCUGAUGCCCACCACCCCCAGGAAGAGCCACAAGAACAGACAUUUUCUUUUUCACUGAAUUGAAAGGUGACAGAACCCAUUGUCUCACAAGCAGAGAGAUGCCUAACUAAAGCCCGGUCGUUCAUCAAUUUCUUCAUUGCAAAAGCCAAGCUUAAUGUCACUGCCAAUGGCAAUCCUUCCGGAACAGCAACGACAAGAAUGGUCACUGCAAUGGCAAAGAAAUUCAUGAGACUCAGCGCGUCAGUUCCUGACCAUUUUGUGAUUUCACCUUCCCUUGCCUUUACUGAUAUGUACCUUCCUGUGAGAACCAAGAAAGUCAAGAGAGCAAAAGCCAAACCGAUCUUCCCUAUAAUCGUGGCCACACCGUUCAGUUUUACCUGCAAUGGUGUCUCUUCGUCUUCGGUUUCACUCAAGAAGAAAUGGGGACUACAUCUCCAAUGGACAGUCCUUGAACUGCAGCGACUGCCUAUAGUCACUGACUGCAGUGACCAAAACCACCAAGAGAAUGCAAAGAAGUAUCCCCACCCCAUCAUAAACCCCUCUUGGCCACCCCUCAGUGGCGAUUCCAAUGGAUAUAGAGACUACAGCACAAACCAUGAGGAUGAUGAGAGGGAACGCCGCUUUCAAGAGAAAGAGAUAACUUUUGUUCCAAACCUCUCAAUCCUCCAUGCAACUCCAAGCGUUUUGAGUCGUGGGAACGGACAAUGGAAGCAAGCUCUUCCGGGUCAAUGUGGAAACCCGCCUGCCUCACCUCUUCUGUAAUGCUUGGCUGAUCAUAUUGCUUGGCUGCUGUACUAUGGCAGAACACAUCAAACUGUUAGACUUUUGGUAAUACUAAAGGGCUCAUUUGGCUUUGAUUAAAAUGGCUCAGAAUUAGUUGAUUAUGAAGAAUCAAGCAUUUGUUUACUU